AGGUCAGCUGCGGCACGCUGGCGUACGUGGCGCCGGAGGUGCUGGGCGGCAGCUACGACUGCGCCUGCGACCUCUGGAGCCUCGGCGUGUGCGUGUUCAUAUUACUGUCUGGGUACAUGCCGUUUGAUGGCUCGGACAUGAAUCAGGUCCUCUUGAUAAAGUCUGGCAAGUGGGACUUCGAGGACCCGGUGUGGGAGCGGGUGUCGGAGAAGGCGAAAGACUUCAUUAGAAAGCUGCUCGUCGUCGAUCCCACGAAGAGGAUGACCGCGGCGGAGGCCCUGCGGCACCCCUGGCUCGUUGAGCGGGAGCACGCGAGCGACGGGGCCGUCGACGGGAGCAUCCUCUCCGCGCUGCAGAGCUUCGCGCGCGCCUCCAAGUUCCGGCACGCCUGCAUGGAGAUGAUGGCCUGGUCGCUGUCCUUCGAGGAGCGGACCCAGGUGCGCGCCGCGUUCGAGGAGCUGGACGUGGCCCGCGAGGGCACGAUCACGCUCGCGGCCUUCCGCGAGGUCCUCGAGUCCAGGUUCGAGCUGAGCGACGAGGACGUGGCCGCCGUGUUCCGCGCGCUGGACGCGUGCAACGACCACAGGAUCCACUAUUCGGAGUUUCUGGCCGCCAUGGUGUCGACGCGCAUCUCGCUCCACGAGGGGCUGCUGAGGUGGCCGAACUGCUCAAGGAGGUCGACUCGCACGUCGCGGGCCAGGUGUCUUUCGAGGAGUUCAUGCGGUACCUGCAGGGCGGGGCGGCGUCCCACGCGCAUGCGGUGGCGGCCGACCGGGUGAUCGACGCGGCGCGGAAGUGCCCCGAGACGAAGGGCAGCGCCGAGGCCGAGUCCCGCGGCUGCCCCGUGAGGCGGCGGAUGAGCCAGGAGCUGGAGCAGGCGGAGAGGCGCGUGCGGCGGCGGCUGUCGGCGGGGCCGCCGGUCCACGCGGGCGCCGAGGACCGCCGCGGUCGCCGCCGUGCGGCCGCGCGCCGUCGCCGCCGCGCC